UUCACAAAACGUUAAAUGCAAAACCCCAUUUCGCCCCACCAUAGGUGACUUCACCAUCACUUCCUCUCUUCAAUCUUUUUCCUUCUUUCUCUGCGUAUAUAUUGGUGUGAUGUGAAUUAUUAUCUGUAUCUUGAAAAAUUAAAACCCAGAAACACAACGGCAUAUUCUUUUCUAUGCGUGUUUCUUUCUCUCACUAACUUUAAACUCAUUCUUUAUCGACCCCAUUUGACAGAAGACAAAAUCAUUUUUGAACGAAGAAAGAAGGAAUCUUUUCUAUUUUUUUUUUUUUUUUGGGUCUCUUCAUGUUUUACCAUUUCUUGAAGUUAGGAACGAAAUGGUUGGGAAGAUGAUGAAGUGGAGACCGUGGCCGCCUCUGAUUUCAAGAAAAUAUGAAGUGAAACUUAAAGUGCAGAGGCUUGAGGCUGAUGGCGGUUGUGAUUGGAUAGUUGAGGGUGCAGAGAAGGAUAAAAGUGGGCUUUCAGUGGAGAUCAGGUGGAAGGGUCCCAAGAUUUCGUUGGGUUCAUUUAGAAGGACGGUGAAAAGGAACUGCACAAGAGAGGAGAGUGUGAAAAGGGUUGACGGGCCAAACGGCGGCGUUUUGGUGGAGUGGGAUGAAGAGUUUCAGAGUGAAUGUAAUCUUUCUGGGUACAGGGACAACUUGUUUCAUCCAUGGGAGGUUACCUUUACUGUGUUGCAUGGGUUGAAUCAAGGGGUGAAGAACAAGUUUCCUAUAGUUGGUUCUGCAGCCUUGAACCUUGCUGAAUUUGCUUCCAACAAUGAAGAGCAAGAGAUUGAAGUUAAGAUUCCACUCUCAUUGUCAGGCGCUGCAGCUCAGAGCUGUUCCUUACUUUGUAUAUGUCUAAGCUUAUUGGAACUCAGAGCUGCACAAGAACCAACAGUAUCGGUGCAAAGGCAAAUGAUGCUGGACACAACAUCUCCAUCAUCUGCAGAUACUUCCUCGAUAGAUAGAGAUGAAGUUUCUGUGCUUAAAGCCGGUCUCAGAAAGGUAAAAAUCUUUACAGAUUUUGUGUCGACUCGGAGUGCUAAAAAAGCUUGCCUGGAGGAAGAUGGUAGUGAAGGCAGGUGCUCUGCCAAGAGUGAAGAGGGCGAGUGCGCUUAUCCCUUUGAUGCAGACUCACUUGAUGAAUAUGCUGAAGGAGCAUCUGAGCACAUGAAGGAGGAUCCCACUGUUAGGAAGUCAUUUAGUUAUGGUUCAUUGGCGUAUGCUAAGUAUGCAGGCGUGUCAUCAUACUCUAGUGCUAAAAUCAACGGCGAGGAUGAAGAUUGGAUUUACUACAGCAACCGCAAAUCAGAUGUUGGCUCCUUGCACAAGGAUGAUUUGGAUUCCACUGUAUCUGAGCCAUCUCUGAUGCAGAAUUCGAAACGUAGUAUUCUACCUUGGAGAAAGAGGAAGCUGAGCUUCAGAUCUCCUAAGGCUAAAGGAGAGCCAUUGUUAAAGAAAGCUUAUGGAGAAGAAGGUGGAGAUGAUAUUGAUUUUGAUCGCCGACAGUUGAGCCCUGAUGAAUCUCUCUUGUAUGGGUGGCAUAAGGCAGAUGAAGAUUCAAUUGCAAAUCGAUCUUCAGUUUCGGAGUUCGGUGAUGAUAGUUUUACCGUUGGUUGUUGGGAGCAGAAAGAAAUCACAAGUCGCGAUGGACACAUGAAGAUUCAAAUACAGGUUUUCUUGGCUUCCAUUGAUCAGCGAAGUGAGCAAGCGGCUGGAGAAAGUGCAUGUACAGCCCUUGUUACGGUGAUUGCUGAUUGGUUGCAGAAUUACCAUGACCUCAUGCCUAUUAAGUCACAGUUCGACAGUUUGAUCCGAGAAGGCUCGUUAGAAUGGAGAAAUCUCUGCGAAAAUGAAAUUUACAGGGAGAGGUUUCCUGAUAAGCACUUUGAUCUAGAGACGGUCCUCGAAUCCAAAACACGUCCUCUUUGUAUAGUUCCUGGGAAAUCGUUUAUUGGGUUUUUCCAUCCAGAAGGGACGGAGGGAGAAAAUUUUGAUUUUCUGCAUGGUGCUAUGUCAUUUGACAAUAUCUGGGACGAGAUUAGUCAUUCAGACUGUUCUGGCAGUGGAAAAUCCCAGGUUUUCAUUGUCAGUUGGAAUGACCAUUUUUUUGUCCUGAAGGUCGAAACAGAUGCUUACUACAUCAUCGACACAUUAGGGGAACGACUCUACGAGGGUUGCAGUCAAGCUUACAUACUGAAAUUCGACAGGGAUACGACUAUCUACAGACUUCCAGAUGCCAAGCAAUCUCCAGAAGAAAAACCCGUAGAUGAUACGAGAAUUGUUGUUGCAUUGGAGUCUGAAAACUUGAAUACAGAGCAGCAGAUAGAGUCGAAGGAGGGUUUGAAAGAAGGGAUACCAGUGACCAGAUCCGAGGAUCCAAUUAUGAGUGAAGAGGAAGAAGUGGUUGUUUGUCAAGGUAAAGAGUCGUGCAAAGAGUAUAUAAAGAGUUUCUUGGCCGCAAUACCAAUGAGAGAACUACAAGAUGAUAUCAAGAAAGGCUUGAUAACAUCAACUACUCUUCAUCAGAGACUACAAAUUGAAUUUCACUUCACUCAACUAGAGCGGCAAAUUAGCGCAACUCAAGUGGCAGAAGAAGAAGCCGCGCCCAUGCUAUAACUGAGGUUUCUGCUUAAAGACAUGGUUUUUGACGGUUAACUGUAAAUUCAAGAAAGUGUGACCAUACCUAACUUGUUUUUCGUUUUUGGGGUCGAGUUGAUAGGAGACUGUUUCAUUAUUCGAGUGAAGUUGUAUUAGAUGGUUUUGUUUUCUUUCAGCUGCAUUAAGGACUCAAGUGGUAAUCAUCUUUCGAUGUAAACAGUAAACACCUCUAAUCUUAAAGUCUCAUUGUUCUACCA